GUAUUAUCAGCAAAAUGAAGUAGGCAUAGACCUAUUUAUUAUGAAUGCAUUAACUGUAGCCUAACUACAGGUGGAUCUACUUUUAACUACUUAUAACCUUUAGAUAUUUUUUCAGCGGUGGAAUGUAACUACGUUUAUUUAGCCUACUCGAAGUACAAAUCUGAGGUAGCCUACUUAUACUUUACUUGAUCAUUUUCUUUUUAUGCUACUUUGCUCCUCUACAUUUAAGAUGGACAUAUUGUAAUUUUAACCCGUUACAUUUAGUUACUUUACAGAGUAACAAAACAUAUGAGUUUAUAAAGAAUGACGUUCUGUUAUAGAUUCAACACCCAACAGUAGGCUAUAUUUUCUUGCAUUAUUGGUCAAAUUUCAAUUAACCAAUGCAUAGCCAUUUUUAUAAAUAGGCAGGAAAAGCAAGAUUUAGACACCUUGUAAAGCUUGAAUACCUGAGACAGACAGUGAGGUUCUGUUAAACGCUGUUAUAUGUCCGAAUGACUUUACAUGAGGUCUUGAGUCAGCACGGCGUGCUUGUGUUGAGAGUCUGGAGUUCAUAGUGUCCGCCUUUACUCUCUCUCUCCCUCCCUCACACCUGCUGUGCGGUGUCCCACGUGCUGAUCCUGCUGAUGCCGCCGCACUAAAUGGAAAGCAUUUUACGCACCGCGCCUGUUCACUUAAGAAGAGGUUUAAUUGUUGUUUUUGCAAUGUCACACGCCUCGCCUGGUGCACAAGUAGGACUUCAGACACUGGGGAUGCGCUGUGGAGAUGUAAGGGAUGCGGUAAUACCUCACUACAUUAUAGAGAAGGGGAGGGGGGGGUAAAAUACAAGUCGUGCGUCCGGACGCUCCCCGCCAACUAAACGCAAGAGGGACUCAGACAUCAAUAACAUCUCGCUCAUCAAUAAGAAAUUUUGAUGGAGUUAGACUGCUUAAUUAAAUAGGUUGCCUUGAAGUUAUUAGGCUUUCUGAAUUUAUAAUAUCCAAUGACCCCCAAUGGAGAACAUCUGAAGGAAGACUUUUCAGCAUCUCCGUCCACAGGAAAGCGGCUCGGUCAGACAGAGAAUAAGACUUGGAGGUUUCUUAUCUUUCAGUGAUGGCUAUCAACACUGACACUGCCUUUGGGAAAAGCGCCCUCGGCGAGAGGGAAGUUUCCAAUCCCAGCGAUUUCCAUGACACGCAGAAGCUGCUGAGCACCGCGACCACCGAGCCCAGCGGGCAGAGCAACAUCAAGCCGUCCGACUCCUUCUCCCUCAACAUCAGAGGGAGCGUCCGGUCCCUGGACUCGGACCAGAACGGACACAGAUCACCGCUGAAGUCGGGUUCCAUCGGGCAGCUGGCGGCCACACCCAAGUCCUUGUCCCGGCUCAGCCUGGGUCCGCUGCCCUCCCCGGUGCCGCCCGGUUCCUUACCCCCGAAUUACCUCUGGCUCGCUGUGCUGUCCUGUUUCUGCCCCGCCGUGCCGCUCAACAUAUGUGCCUUGUGGUAUGCAAAUGUGUCGAGGUCUGUUCUCCAUACAGGAGAUAUUGAAGGAGCGAGGAAGUAUGGGCGCCUGUCUAUGCUGCUCAGCUGUCUGGCAAUGCUGCUGGGUGUGGCUAUCAUCAUCUUCAUAGUUUUAACAAUAGAGUCCCAGCAGUGAACUGAGGGAUGGAAGGAAUCUCCUUUAAACUUCAUCUGAUCUCACAUUUGCACAGAAGAGAGAGGAGUAGGAAAAUAUUCUGAAAAAGAAAAAGCACACAAUCUGAGUUGAAGACAUGGCGAAAACUUCCUGCUGUGUCUACUAUGGGCGAGAGAAAGAAAAAAGGGGGGGAAAGUUGCAGGUUGUUUCUCUUUUUUUCUGGUAACGCUCACGCCCAGUAACCCCACAGAAACUCAGGAACAAAGAAAGUAAAGUGACAGCUGCACACAGUCCUAGUGUCGGAUCAUCAGACAGCACACUCUGUGGAGAAACUGUAAAACUCCUCAUAGUCCAAAUGAGCAGUGCACUGAGGUCCACACCUGCCUGACACACAAGACAAUCGAUAUGGAACUACAUUUUGCUUAUUUAAAAAAAUCACAUGCAUUAGACUAGAGGCAUUAGGUAAGAGGAUGUCCUAAAGACUAAAGACACAUACCAUCAUUAUCAAAAAACAAACACAAAAUAAGAUUUGUAUGUGUGAAGACUAAUUGUGUUCAGACAAAAACAAAAAGACAUCAGUGCACCUCUCUGUAAUUCUCUUUACAUUUGCAACAAAGUACGGACUGGCGCUUCUUUCUGUUCUAUCGGCACGGGACUUUUGUGUCUGUGGGAAGAUGUAUAAACCGAUUUCAUACACUGUUUACAUCACGUUUAAAACUCAUGUACGUGCAUCACAACAACGCCCUGCUGCAGUCAUAGUGUGAUAUCCUGCUUUGCGUGUUGCACAGAUUCUACAGAACUGCCUGGAUCUCCGCACUUCAUUACGUUUACGAUAUACUAACAAGAUAUGAAUGGGUUCGUUCUCCCUGUAUGCACUGUUCUUGGCACUCUGAUGUUGAUGUUUAUACGUUUAUACUGUAUGACUGGUUUACUGUGCCAUAGUUCUGCAUGUCUGAAAUAAACUUGAAUGAGCAUGAUAA